GAGGCUGGCGAUCCCGGGGUGGGGCGUGCGGAGACCCGGCGGCGGGGCACCGGGUGAAGCCCGCCCUGGGACACCAGGUCACACCUCGCGCACCUGCAGGCCCAGGUCCAGUCAGCAGCCCAAGAGCGCGCCCCAAAGUGGUCUUUUUUAAGGCCGAACGGCAGCGGAGAGAGAUGAGAAAAACUGGAGGGGUCCGGACUCUCUGAGGAGGUUCUGGAGGUGGCUCCACGCCGUGAGGAGCACGCAGGUGUGGCCGUGCUGGCACACACACUGAAAUAUUUCAAACGGGGGAGGAAGCAGCUUUCAAGGAGGGUCAUACAUACAAGGAGCGCCAACAGACAGGGAAGCCCACAUCCUAGGAACUGAGCAAAGCCGGCCUCUGGAGGAAGGGCCCUGCCCAGCCAAGAGGAGGGGGAGGAGCGCGGGCACAGCUGCUGCCUCCGCAGGCCCCGUCUGCACGAAGGGAAGCCGCUGGGAACAAUGCUCCCAGCGCUGGCCCUGCACCUGUCAUUGUGGGAGGAGUGCAGCAGAUGGGGUGUCCUCAGCAAGAGAGAGCUGUCCAAAGGAAGGACCACCAGCCACGCACACAAGGCCUGGCCCAUGGGUGCAGAGAGAGGGGGGAGGGCCAAGGCUGGUGGCACCCAGCCCACCUCCAGCCCACCAAGUCACUCCCCAGGAGCAGUCACCCCAAGCCCCUUCAAGGGUCCCAGGGUCCCAGAAUUCCAGCCCAUGACACUCCGGGCCAUCUGAGAGAGGCACCCACUCCCUCUGGCCAGAUGGGACCAAGGUCAAUCCCAAGGCUAGGCCAGACCUGCCUGCUCCUGCUGCCUUAGGGCGUGGCCAGGAGUGGAUGCUAGACAAAGGGGGCCCACAGCAGAGGCGCCCCGCUGCUGGCAGAAACUGUGGCCCCUGUCCAACAAUGCCCUGUUCACACAUCCUUAGGGAGCAAUCCCAGGAGCAGCUGCUGCCCUCACAGAGGGAUCCAGUCCCAGUCUUCUGCAUUCAGCCCCAGAUCUGCCCUGGGAGCCUGCCAGGGCUACAGCCACUGGGCAAACCCCCAGGAGGGAACUCAAAGCCAAGAGCACAAAUCCCUGCCAGUUGUCCCACCCACUCCACCCCUCGCAGGGCCACUGUUGGAGAAGCCCACGAGGGUUUGGAUGAGGAGAGCAGCACAGGGAAGUGAAAAGUCCAGCCAAACUGUUCAGGGAGAGGGCAGAGCCCUGGCUUCCUAAACUGCAGUGGCCACAGGGCUAGGAAUCCUUGCCUCCCCCUCUGACCCACCUCCCCUCUUCUCAGCCCUGCUGCAUGGACACCAUCAAAGGUGUCCAGGGCUGAAGGCAGAGAGGUCAGGGAUGUUCUCAGACCCAGCUCCCUCCCUGUGAGGUCCUGCAGCCUCACCUGAGGUCACUGCUUCUCUCAAGGUGGCUCUCCCUGCACUACUCUUCCCAGGCCCCAGUGAGCAUCCUCCCUUCUUCCAGGCUCCAUUACUGUCCUGGACUCCCUACACUCUGCUCCACCUUCGUAAACCAUCCCCUUACCGAGCCCUCCUCAGACAGCCCGGGCUCCAGUGUGUCUCCUGUUUCCUGCUGAGAUCCAGGCUGAUGGGACCACCUGCCGUAGACUUUCAGGGGUGCUCUGGGUUGCAGGAAGCAGCCCAUGGCUCCACAGGCCGGCCUGGCUCUGGUCUGGAGACACAGGCCAACCAAUGUGCUCUCCACAGCACCCUCCUACCUUGGGUCCCCACUGAGCACAAGGCCACACUCCACUGGUCUCUGGUCUGCUGCAGCCCAGUGGCCAGCCUUCCAGGGUUCCAAGUCCAAGUUGCUCAGGCCAGAGCCUCAUUCCCCCAGGGCACCGUUCCUUUGUGACUUCACCCACUGAAGUCACCCAAGAGACAAUGCUGAACAUUCCACCCCAGAGUCUUGGCCUCUAGGAGGCAGGGACGGCAGGCCCGGCCAGCCCAGAGGACUCUGUCCAGUGUAAAUGAGGACGCUGCUGGCCCAUGUCCCGCAGGGAUGUAGAGGGCAGCCCCAGAGGCACCGGGCGCUCCCGGCACCAUGGAUGACGCGGCCAUCCUCAAGCGACGAGGCUACAUCAUGGGAAUAAAUUUGGGAGAGGGCUCGUAUGCAAAAGUCAAGUCUGCUUACUCUGAGCGCCUGAAGUUCAACGUGGCGGUCAAGAUCAUCGAUCGCAAGAAAGCCCCCACAGACUUCCUGGAGAAAUUCCUUCCCCGGGAGAUUGAGAUUCUGGCCUUGCUGAACCACCACUCCAUUGUCAAGACCUAUGAGAUCUUCGAGAUAUCCGACGGCAAGGUCUACAUCGUCAUGGAGCUCGGGGUCCAGGGCGACCUCCUGGAGUUCAUCAAGACCCGGGGGGCCCUGCAGGAAGAUGAUGCUCGCAAGAAGUUCCACCAGCUGUCCUCGGCCAUCAAGUACUGCCAUGACCUGGACGUCGUCCACCGAGACCUCAAGUGUGAGAACCUUCUCCUCGACAAGGACUUCAACAUCAAGCUGUCCGACUUUGGCUUCUCCAAGCGCUGCCUUCGGGAUGACAGCGGCCGGCUGGCGCUCAGCAAGACCUUCUGUGGGUCGGCGGCGUACGCGGCCCCUGAGGUGCUGCAGGGCAUCCCCUACCAGCCCAAGGUGUACGACAUCUGGAGCCUGGGUGUCAUCCUCUACAUCAUGGUCUGCGGCUCCAUGCCCUACGAUGACUCCAACAUCAAGAAGAUGCUGCGCAUCCAAAAGGAGCAUCGCGUGGACUUCCCGCGCUCCAAGCACUUGACGGGCGAGUGCAAGGACCUCAUCUACCGCAUGCUGCAGCCCGAUGUCAACCGGCGGUUGCACAUCGAUGAGAUCCUCAGCCACUGCUGGGUGCAGCCCAAGGCCCAGGUCCUGUCCUCUGCAGCCAUCAACAAGGAGGGGGAGAGCUCCCAGGGUCCUGAGCCCCCCUGGGCCCCUGAGCCUGGCUCUGACAAGAUGUCCACCACCAAGCUGGAGCCCCAGGAGGAGGCCCAGCCCCAGGCCCAGCCCGAGACAAGCCCUGAGGAGGAGCCACUGCAGGUGCAGGUGUCGAGGCAGUCGGAGGCUGCAGGCAUCGCCAGCGAGCAGCCCAGCACAGAGACAGAAGAAGGGCCUCCACGACAGCCUCCGAGUCGCAUACCUAGCCAGCCCUUUGCAGCCCCGGAGGCCGGCAGGGAACGAGCCAGAGCUCACAGCUUGGAACCUGAGCCCCAGAGAAGCCAAAGAAAGAAGACAGGCCCAGAUGAGCCACUAUUUUCGUCAGUUUCUUCCCCUCCCUUUGAACUUGGUAACCCACGUGACUAAAGAAGCAAUAAAUCACUAUAUUA